GCACAGGAGUCAAGUCUUUAUACGGCUUCGGAUGCGGCAUCUAAUAAACGAUUGUCCCGUAUGUCGUCAUUCGCGAAAUCUUUCAAUUCCGAGGAUCCCUCAGCUUUCGGCACGUUUUCAAAUAACGAUGAACUGAAUUCCGAUUACUCAUUAGAAAAUGCGUGGGACGCUCUUGUCAAUAAUUCCACCGAUGACAACAAGAGUCCGGCUAGACUGAGCAACAGUCGCCUGGCAUCCAUUCCUAACCAUUUCUUUGACGGACGUCACAACCUCAGUGAACUUUACCUUGAUCGAAAUUCCCUAAGAGAUCUAUCCGAGGAAUUGUUGAAAUUGACAAAGUUGGAGAUAUUGGAUCUGAGCAACAACUGCAUCUCCGAGAUUCACCCCAA